GAAACAAUUAAUCAUAAUUGAUAUCGUAACGCGUGCUCAUUCGAUAUUAAAAUGGCGGGCCGAUACCAUCUUACAUGUUUAGCGUUAUGUCUAACGCUCGUGACAGCUCAUAUUCCGAUGGGAUAUUACGACUCGGCGGAGCCAAACUCGCCUAUCUUCGUAACGAAGUCAUCCUCUCCAAUCUUAACGAGGACUCAGAGUCGGGACCGGCUGGACGCUGUGAGACGAGUGUUGUCUAAUGAGAGGAUUGAUGCGUUUAUAGUGCCGACUGCGGAUGCGCAUAAUUCACAAUACAUAGCUCCAGCCGACGCGCGUCGCGUGUGGCUAUCUGGACUCCGAGGGUCAUCAGGGACUGCUGUAGUGACACAAGACAAGGCCCUCGUCUGGACUGAUGCGAGAUACUUCACGCAGUUCGAGGUGGAGGUUGACAGCACGCUUUGGACAUUGAUGAGGCAAAACACCGAUCAGUCCAUCCAAAACUGGCUAGCAACGAACUUGCCUGCGAACUCCGUGGUUGGAGUCGACCCCACCACUUACACAAGAACUGCUUGGAGGACGUUAGAGACCACGCUGAACAAUGCAAACAUAACUUUGCGCGCUGUUCCUGACAACCCCGUGGAUGCAGCGAGAAGGAACCUUAAUGAUGGACCACCAGCAAGGCCUAACAAUCCGUUAUUAGCACUAGGAGUUAACUAUACCGGGAGAAGGUCCAGUGACAAGCUAGCAGCAAUCAUCAGUCAAAUCCAGUCGCGUGGUGCUGUCGCUCUUGUACUGACAGCUCUUGAUGAUAUUGCUUACACAUUGAAUCUACGAGGAAGCGAUAUACCCUACAAUCCGGUAUUCUUCAGUUACUUGGUCAUAAGAGUUGAUAUAGCUGCACCUAAUAUAUUACUGUUUUGGGACAACGGAAUCUUAUCCCCUGAAGUAUCACAACACCUGGCUUCCGAAGGAGUGCAAGUCCAAAGCCGGCCGUACUCCCAGAUCUUUGAGUAUUUAAGGAAUCUGACCGCAGAAGUUCCCCAUGGCAGUACGAUAUGGCUCUCAGAAGAUGCAAGUCAAGCUGUGAACAUGGCUGUCGAGAGCAAUGACGCCAUACGUGUGUUGGCGACAGUAUCUCCCGUGGCUUUGAUGAAAGUCAUGAAAAACGACGUCGAACUUGAGGGUUUCCGAAAUGUUCACGUAAAAGAUGGAGUAGCGGUUGUGCGAGCUCUUCACUGGGUGCACCAACAGGUGGCGCUAGGAGCCAAUGUCACUGAGGUGAACAUGUCGGACAAACUUGAGGAGUUCAGAGGCCAAGAGAAAGACUUCAUGGGUCCGUCGUUCUCAACAAUUGCUGGCGCCGGUGAGAACGGCGCUAUCAUACACUACAGCCCUCUGAGAGAGGGACCGCAGAGGGUCAUACGGAAGGAGGAUAUGCUGCUCGUCGACUCUGGAGGACAAUAUCUUGACGGAACAACCGACAUCACCCGCACUCGUCACAUGAGCACGCCGACGCCUGCGCAGCGCCGCGCGUUCACACGAGUGUUGAAAGGGCAGAUCAGCUUGGCGACCGCGGUGUUCCCUGCUGGCACAAUGGGUCACACAAUAGAAGUCCUUGCCAGAAAAUCCCUAUGGGACGUGGGCUUGAACUACGGCCACGGCACGGGCCAUGGAGUGGGACACUUCCUCAACGUGCACGAGGGCCCCGCGUGGAUCCUCAGUAGCCAGGCAGCCAAUGACCCUGGCAUCAGGCCCAAGAUGGUCUACAGUAAUGAGCCUGGGUACUACGAAGUGAACGAGUACGGCAUCCGGCAUGAAGACUUGGUGGAGACAAUCGAAGUUACCACCAGCGCUGACCAUUUGCAAGCCAGUGGUAUGGUGGGUAACUUCGACGGACGCGGCGCAGUCGGUUUCUACACGAUAUCUUUGGCGCCGCACCAGACGUCCUGCUUGGAUGUUAAUUUGCUGAAUGAUUUUGAGCUUUCGUAUAUUAACUCGUAUCAUGCCCGAGUAUUCUCCACCCUGGGCCCCAUACUGCGACAGCGCGGCCUCACGGACGUCCUGGCGUGGCUUGAGGACGAAUGCGCUCCGAUACAACGCAGCGCUGCUGUCUGGAUUACUGCCACACCGCUGUUGUUGAUAGUGUCUGUUGUUACUGUGUUUAAGGCUUAAAUAAAUUGUUUCAUAAAUAA